AUGUCGGUGGUCACGCUGAUCUUCGCGUUGCUCGGUCUGCUGUCCCCCGCACAUCGCGGCGGGCUGCUGCAGAGCAUGAUGCUGCUAUUCACCGUCAUGGGCGUGUUCGCGGGCUAUGCCGCGUCCCGCCUGUACAAGGUGAUCGGGGGAGACGACUGGAAGGCCAUGACGAUGCUGUUGGCGCUACUUUAUCCUGGAAUCGUAUUCAUUGUCUUUUUCGUUCUCAAUCUUUUCAUCUGGGGGCAGAAGUCGUCAGGGGCGGUUCCUUUCUCCACUAUGUUUACCCUGCUGGUGUUGUGGUUCGGCAUUUCCGUGCCGCUAGUGUUCCUUGGAUCCUACUUCGGUUUCCGGAGGGCCGCCAUCGAGUUGCCCGUCCGCACCAAUCAGGUUGCGAGGGAGAUCCCAGCGCAGCCUUGGUUCAUCAGGCCUGCAUUCACGUACCUUGUCGGCGGCGUGUUGCCAUUCGGGGCGGUAUUCACUGAGCUGUUCUUCAUCAUGUCGUCCCUCUGGCAGCAUCAGUUCUACUACCUUUUCGGCUUCCUUGCACUGGUACUUGUGAUCCUCGUGGUGACCUGCGCGGAGAUAUCGAUCGCACUGACUUACUUCCAAUUGACGGCCGAGAACUACCAUUGGUGGUGGAGGUCGUUUCUUACGAGUGGUGCAGCUGCCGGGUACGUAUUCGGGUAUUCAAUCCUCUAUUUCGUUUCCAGGCUGAAGAUCGAUAAAGUAGUUUCUACCAUAUUGUAUUUCGGUUAUAUGUGGAUCGUGUGUAUAUUGUUCUUCUUGCUCACAGGCUCCAUCGGAUUGAUUUCGUCUUUUUACUUCGUGAGAAUCAUCUACGGCUCUAUCAAGGUCGACUAA